AUGUCGUACUUGAGUCAUUAUUCAAAGGAAGAAUUACUGGAAUUAUUGUUGAUUUGUAAUGAAAAAAUUAAAAAGUUUCAAAAAUCUGAAGCUUCGUCAAGGGUAAGAAAAAUACUUUUUUUUUUAAAUUUUUCUAGAAAUUUUAGGGAAAAUUGGCUGCAAAACAAGAGGGAAGAAGAAAUGCAAUUUUUGAGAUAUUUUUGAAUUUGAUUCGACUUUUUAAAAGUGCGGAUAAAAUGGUGUCAAUUGAAAAUUCUCAAACGAAUUUGAGAUGUCUUUUGAGUGAGUUUUUCAGAAAUUUCCUGGUUUUAUUUUCAAAUUCCAGCAAGUGCUAAGAUUCUGAAUGAAUGGUUUGAACAAAUGUUUACUAAAAUUGGCGCAACUCAAAUCGAUAAAAAUUUUGAGGCAUAUUUCAUAUCGAAAAAAAUGACACAAAAUGAUGUGAAUUUGAAAAUGUCUUCUCAAAUGAUAAAUGAAUCACAAAGAAAACGAUUUGAACAUCAUAUCGAAGUGAAAAAAUCAUGUCAAGAGCAAAAAGCAUUUCGAGAAUCAUUUUUGAAAUCUCACACUGAAUUUGAUAUUGAUUUGGAUGAUGCUGAAAAUGAAGAAGAUACUAAACUAUUAUCGAUUGAGGAAGCUGUUUUGAUUAUUCAAAAACUUGAGAGAAGUGUGUUCAAAAAACUGAAUAUAUCGUUUUUUUUUUGAAUUCAGAAUACCAAGCAAUAUCUCGUAGAAACUAUGUUCGAUUUGUGAGAGAAAGAGCAGCUGAAUUACACGGUAUCAAAACAGAAAUUGAUGCAACACAGGCAGCAAUUCGAAUUCAAGCGGUAAUCAUUGUUUUUGCGCUAGAUAUUUUCAGAAUGAUUUUCAGAGAACUCGUGGUUAUUUUGCUCGAAAAAUGGUGCGAGAAAUGAGAAGUAAAGAAUUGGAAGUUCUUCAAAUGAAACCGGAAAGUAUUAUAAAAUUAAAAUGUGAGAGGAAAACAAUUGAUAUUGUUUCGAAAAAUCAACAAAUUGAUGGAUUUGUGAGUUCAAAUCAGGGUUCCGAACUAGGUUGGUUCUCGGGUAUUUUUGUCAGAAACCAGUUCGGAAUCCUGAAGUUUUCCGAAAUUCAUAUUAAUUACUCAUUUUUCAAGGCCAAUGAUUUGGAAACAGCUAUAAACGAAUUGAAAACAAACUUCUAUUUAACUUUGGAUGAUUCUCCAUCAGAAACCAAAAUUGAGAAUAAAAUACAAGGGGAUACUGUAUUUCUGGAUGCUUGUUUUCGAGGAAUUGUUUCACCUUUACCAAAUAUUGCUUUUGAUCGAUUGAUUUCACAAAAGGAAACAGUGAAAAUUGAGGGGAAAAUAUUGAAUUUCGAUUUGAGAUCAUUUUUCACGCUGGUUUUCUGUAUUCCUAUGGGUAAGAAAACAUAAUUAUUACAGAGUAUUGUUAAUUUCUCUUAAAAAAUUAAGCUCUGAAUACAAUAACUCCAAAACAAGGAUCUCGACGUUGGAUUUUAUUAAUUGGGGCUCAAGAUUCUGGAAAAACUGCCUGGGUAAAAGCAAUAUCAAAAAGUUGUUCAAUAACUCAUGUUCAUAUAUCGAAAAAUGUAGUGACACAAGGAAAACGGAAUAUAUAUUCGGUUGUUAAAAAGGUGAGAAUAGAUAUUUGAGAAAAUUUAAAAAUCGAUGCCACGUGGCAUUUUUUUAGUUGGCAAAACAAGAACGUCGUCUGAUUGUUAGCAUUGAUCGAAUCGAUCUUCUACGAGUAAAUCAGAAAAGUAAAGGAUACAAUCAUCGACAAAUGUUAUUGCGAACAUUUUUACUUGAUUUGAGUCUGACAUCAGCCACUGUUUUUGGAAUGGCGAGAACUGAAGAACUCGAUAGUGCAACUCGUGAAAUGUUUCCAAUUCAGGUCAAUAUUUCGAACCCGGUUGGAUCAACUAGAUAUGGUUUGUUUUUUUAUUUCUUUUUUGUUGAGAAACCGAUCUUUUUAGAUUUGAUAGUUGAUUGUUUGAGUCGAAAUAUGGAACAAGAUCGUCUACCGAAAGUUCCAAAUAGAAUAUUCGACAUAGAAAAGCAGACACGUGGAUUUUCAAAUGGAAAAGCUUCAAAAUUCGUGACAAAUCGAUGGAGUGCUGCCAAUAAAACGAAUAUUUCAAUUGUUUGA